GUAUGUAAAAAAGUCGUUAGUUGACAGUCAAUUAAUAAAGUGUGAAGGCAUUUUUCUAGUUAAAUACAUUAUUAUCAUAAAUAUUAAUUUACCAAAAUGGAAAAUGCUUGUAUUUUGUUUUCUUUUUAAAAUGAUGGAAAAGACGAAAAUUUUUUUGCACUCGGCCGCUUUUUGUGUAAAUAUAUUGACGUUCACAACGGGAAUAGCGAUGUCCUGGUCAUCUCCUUCGUUACCGAAGCUAUCAAGCACCGAUCCGGAUAUUAAUCCGUUAGGUGAACCGAUUACAACUUCCCAAGAAUCUUGGAUAGCUUCGUUACCUUCGAUAGCUAGCGUUUUCGGUACCAUAAUCGCUGGAUUGGUAGCAGAUAAAAUAGGAAGGAAGAAAACUUUACUUUUCUUCAGUAUACCUUUCUUGGUGUGCUACAUAGUUAUAGCUUUCGCUAAAUCGGUAACUACGUUGUAUAUAACGAGAUUUCUAAUCGGUAUUAGCUGCGGUAGUACUUUGGCGGUUUUACCGAGUUACGUAGCCGAAAUUUCCGAGGAUUCCAAUCGAGGUGUCCUGGGUUGUAUAAUGGGUAUAAUGGGAUCUUCGGGAUAUCUAUUCGUUUACGCAAUCGGUCCUUUUGUUUCUAUUAGAACCUUCGCUUUCCUCCAAGUCGUACCUAUCCUUAUAUUUUACUUAAUAUUCGUACCUUUCAUACCCGAAAGUCCUUAUCAUUUCCUAGCGAACGAUCUGCGUAAAGAAGCCGAGGAUUGUUUGAGGAAAAUACGUAAACCUGGCGAAGUAGAAAGGGAGUUGGCGUAUUUGAUAGACGUAGUAAAAGAGAAUAAAAGUAAAAAUUGGAGGGAUAUAUAUUCGACUAAAGCUGCGAGGAAAGGAUUGAGUAUCACGUGCGGGUUGUUGGCGUUUCAACAACUAUUAGGUUUCAUGGCGGUUUUAUCUUAUAUGCAAACCAUUUUCGAAGCUACCGAUACUAGUAUACCAUCUAAUACGGCUUCUAUAAUCAUCGGGGUUGUACAGAUAAUAUCGAAUGUUCUAGCGACCAUUUUGGUAGAUAAAUUAGGCAGGAAGAAGCUUCUAUUAACCUCAAAUAUAGGUUGUACUUUAUCGUUAAUCUGUAUAGGUACAUUCUUCUUUUUUAAUCAAAACGAAUAUGACACGGAUACGAUUUUUUGGUUACCUUUAUCGAGUCUCGUAAUUUUUUUCGUAUCUUUCAAUUUCGGGUACGGUACUUUACCUUUAACCAUAUGCGGAGAAUUAUUUCAAAAUAAUAUAAAAUCUUUAGCCGCCAGUUUAUCGACUUGCGUUUGUUUAUCUUUGUCUUUUUUGGUUACUUUGUGUUUUCCUUAUUUGGAAAACGCACUCAAUAUGACGGGAGUUUUCGCUAUAUUCGCCGUCGCCUCCGUAUUUUCUAUCAGUUUCGUUGUUUUCGUCGUACCCGAAACGAAAGGUAAAAGUUUCAAAGAAAUAUUAGACAUAUUAGGAGAUUAGCGCGAUCCAGAAGUUUUCCGAAAUUAAAGCUGCUACCAGACUUCGCUUUUUUUUGGCACGGGUUUUCCUUUCUGAUGCCAUUCCGUGAAAUCUCUUUUGGAUAUCGGAUCGUCGUUUCAUAAUUCGAUACUAUUAAUCAAAAUACACUUUAAUGGUUGCAGUAAAGAUCUAAAAACAUUCUACAGGGUCAUUCACGGGAACCGGAUGAUAAAAAAUUGAAUAUUUACUUUUAUUGGUACUUAAAUCAUAGCAUUUGUAUCUUAUUCACUUACGAAAAAUUAUGUCCGGCAAGUGAUGUCCGUUUUGGGGCCUCAAUUACGUGCAGCAUGUCUACUACAUCGAUCUGGAAACCCCCACAGAAAAACAUCACGGCUACACAAAUCGGGAGACCGAGGAGGCCAAGUCCAACAACACCAGCUUUUCCUACUGCACACCUUUGGACUAUGAAAUGGUCUCUCGUGAAGCUGAUGGCAAUUUUGUUUAUUGUCGAAGCUCUCAAUGACUGAAAUGUAAAUUCUACGAAUAAAAAGAAAGCGUCAGAUACUAGUCACGUGCCAUUCCCGUCAUGAGCGCCCGUGUACAAACCAUUUUAAAAACAUCCGGUUCCCGUGAAUCACCACCAGGGAUUUAAAUAUUUAUAUCUAUAAUUUGGCUGUUUAAUUUCUAUUUUUGUUUAUUAUACUUUAUAUGAGAAUGUAAUAAAAUUUCGAUACGAAAA